UCUUCCGUGCUUGUUUAUGCAGACUGUCGGUUAGCGUUAUUUCAGCUGGUUGAUCUGUCCUUUACGUUACAGGCUUAAUAACACGUAAAGGUGUAGGCUGUUUGUUUGUUGUUUUGUAUUUUUAUCAUGUUCGCGGGGCCGUCAUACCUACGCACGGUCUGUUGUUAAUAAUAAUCGUCUCCUCGGGUGUCAGGGGGGCUAACGCUAACGCUAACGCUAGCUGGCCGUUACUUAGUCAUCGUCCGUGGUGCUGCAGCGUUGCUGGCGUUUAUGCUGGCACUCGAGGAGCGAGACAACUGGCAUUUUAAGAUUUUAUUUCUCACCCGACUAGGAUGAACUGGAUUUUCCCUCUGUCCAAGGGCUCCGGAGCGAUUCCACCUAUAAACAGUUUACAGAAACAAAGGCAGCGACAAAUCGAGUCGCUCAAAGCUGCUCACUCGAAUAUUGCAGAGAUCCAGAGAGAUGUGGAGUACAGAAUUCCCUUCACCAUCAACAAUUCAACCAUCAGCAUCAACAUUUUGCUUCCACCUCAGUUCCCUCAAGACAAGCCCGUGGUUACCGUGUAUCCUCCAGUGGGGCAUCAUUUAGUGGACAGUAACAAUGGUACCAUGGUAACCAGCCCCCUUAUUACCAAUUUCGGCAUGCACUCGGAUCUGGGGAAGGUGAUGCAAGGCUUACUGGAUGAGUUCUGGAAGAGUCCGCCGGUCCUGGGCUCAGGCGCACCCUCCUUCUCUUUCAUGUAUAAGCCAUCUGCGAUGCCCCCCUACCCCACCCAGAACUUCCAUUUUGUCCCCGCCUUUCCGACACAGGACGGCCAGCGGGCUGUGGUUGCUGCCCCAGCCCCGCCCCCGGGGGCGGAGCUGCAGCAAGCUCCACCCCGCCCACCUGCACCAAUUUACGGGCUCAUCACAGACCUUCCGCUACCGGUACCCACCGCCGACUCACAGGCUGGACUGAAUGGGCACAUGUACAAAAUGCCAGACAUCCCUGAAUCGUUUCCAGAACUUUCCGAGAUGAGUAUAUCUCAGCUGAAGGACUUGACGGAGAAGGAUGACGUCCUGUUGGAGUUUUUUUCCUGUUUGCCCCAACUCGGGCAGGUCUCUUCCGAUAAGGAAGACCUGGUGGAGAGCAUUGUCCUCAUGGCGAAAAAGAACCUGCAGCUGGAGCCUCAGUUGGAGGGAAAAAGACACGAGAUGUUGUUUAAAUAUGAGCAGCUGGUCCAGAUGAAAUCAGCAUUCCAGACCAAGAUGCAGAGACAACAUGAGCUUAGCGAGAACUGCAGCCCGAGUGCCCUGCAGGCCAGGUUAAAGGUCGCGGCCCACCAGGCCGAGGAGUCGUCAGAGGAGACGGCUGAGAACUUUCUGGAAGGCAAGACGGAGAUCGACGACUUCCUUGCCAGCUUCAUGGAGAAGAGAACGCUCUGCCACAGCAGGAGGGCUAAGGAGGAGAAGCUCCAGCAGACGACGGGCACGCAUGCACCAUUCCCAGCCGCACACUAGGACGGCUCACCACUCCCGGGUCUGGGCGUGUUCCUCCAGCAGAUCCAACCCCACCCCAGCUCACCCCAGCUCACCCCUGCUCACCCCAGCCGCCCAAGCAUCACACCCCACAGCCAGACGCCCAGGGCUGACCCCUGGCCCACCUCAGAAACAGGGGGCGACGCUGACCGAAGAACUCCAGAACGGACGUAUAUUUCGGGCCUCGAGUUCUGGAAGUCCCGCGGCGUUCCUAGAGCAGUCUUGCCUCAUGUGGUUGAGGGGCGGGUGGAGAGAGGAGGGUGCGAGGACAUUUUCUGUGAUAUAGACAGCCUUUCGAGGUCGUAGCGUCUAACGAGAAUGGGUUUCUUCAGCAAGGUGCUGCUACGUACCUCACACUAAAGCUCAAUGAUGUUGACGCUGCCAGAUUACAGACAAAAAAACAAACAAAAAACUUUAUUUAAUAAUGUUGAUAAUAGGCUUUAUUAUAAUCAGACAUUGUAUUAUAUGUUUAUUUAAUUUGAUAGAUUAAUAAAACAUUUAGAAUAAUGA